AUGCGGGAAGAGGUGCCACACGACCUGUGCAUCCGACUGGUCCCUGCUGCUGCGCUGGCUGGUGCCGUGUUUGGUCCCUCGAUGCCUCCUCUCCGAUCGUCUCUCUCCCCCUAUCCUCUCCUCCACCCACCUGUCCUCUCCCCUCCCCUUCUCUACCUUCCUCUAACCCUCCCAACCUCCCUGCUCGAUCCCCUGCUGCCUCUCUCAUUCCCUGGUCCUCCCCUCCUGAUCCCGCUGCCCCCCCUAUACCUCCGUCUGCUCUAUGCUGCUCCCGCCCCUGCCCCACCCUCGAGCCCAAACCCGGAAGCGCGGCACCCUGGGCCCGCGGCCUGCGCUGGCUCUCCUGCUGCUGCCUCUGCUAUCCCCCCUCCCCGUCCUGGCCCGUCUGCUCCCCCUGCCGUCCCCUCUGCCCUCCUGUCCCUCGCGCCACCCGACCCCGCAGCUGAUGCUGCCCCCACUGCCCCCCAUCACCCGGCUAUCCUGCCUCGCCCCUCUGCUCCAGCGGUCCCUCAGCCCGUGUCCCCUCUCCCACCACCUGUCCCUCCAGUCUCGCUUGAGCCGCCUCCAACUGCCCGUGACGUCUCAUUGCACGCUGCCAGGCAAAGGCAACGUGCAAUGCGGCGCUCAUCUGCUGUGGAGGGAUCGGUGGCGGUGUGUGACCGGACCUCCCUAGUUGGGACCCCACCCGCCCCUCUUGCCCCUGUUGUCCCCAUGUCCCCUAAGUCCACCCCCUUUGCUGGCUCUUUACUGCCAAAGACAGCCCCAGCAGGCCCUGCUGUGGAUCCCACCGCCGCCCCCAGUGGGUGUGCUAUGGCCGUUGUUGCUUCAGCUGCAGCCCCACCUUCUGUCUUUGUAGCCUCUGCUCUCUCCUCUCUCACAGUAGCACCUGCUGCUGUACUCUCCCUUGCCCCAGGCCCCGCUACACUCUCCCCCGCUGCAGCCCCCAAAGCCCUCCCCUGUAUACCAGCUCCAGCUGUGGCCUCUGCCACUCCUGCUGUGGUCCCUGCAGCCUCACCUGGUGCGGUCUCUGUGGCCUCACCUGCUGCGGGCCCUGUAACCUCACCUGCUGUGGACUGUGCAGCCUCACCGGCUGCGGUCUAUGCGGCCCUACCUGAUGCGGACUCUGCAGCCUCGCCUGCUGCUACCCCUGCCGCCUCACCUGCUGUAGUCCCUGCAGCCCCACCUGGUGCGGUCCCUGCAACCUCACCUGCAGCGAUCCCUACUGCCUCACCUGCCGUGGUUCCCGCUGCCUCACCUGCUGCGGUCCCUGCUGCCCACCUGCUUCGGUCCUCACCUGCUUCGGUCCCUGCAGCCUCCCCUGCUGCGGUCCCUCAAGUCUCGCCUGCUGUGGCCACUGCCUCUACCCUUUCCGUGGCCAGAGUCACCACCUCUAGCGUCUUUCCAGGAGCCUCUGCUAUCCCCCCCGUGUCCUUUGCUAUACCCACUGUAACCCUUGCCGUCCCCACGACAUCCCUUGCUGCCCCCAUGGCAUCCCUUGCCGUCACACCCGCAGCCCCUGCCCCUUUUCCUACAGCAGAGCUGCUCGCCUCGGCCUCACGCUCAGCGUUACUCUCAUGCACGUCCAGGUCCGGUGCCCUGGCUUUCCCUUUCCCCUCCUCUCCUCUCUUGGCCACGGGUGGGGCCUGCCUUGCUCUCCCUUUCAACCCCCCCGUGGGGGUGGGGCCUGCUGCGUUCCCUUGGGCUGAAGAGGGAAGGGGGGAACAGAGUUCAAGGGGUAGUGUGGACGGACGAGUGAAGCAGGGGGGGCAGAGGGGGUGGGGUGGCAGGGAGGGAGGGAGACAGGGUAGUUGGGAGAUCGUGAUGGGUGAUAAGUGCGGAGGGGUGGACCCCAGGGGGGAGGGAGUGCCGUUGGAACUGGCCAAAGAGAUGGCGGAGGGGGGUUGGGGAGGGGGGCUGGACGGCACAGGGAGCAAGGACAAGGGGUGUAGAGUGCUGCUGGGGGUGGGAAAAGCAGUGUGGAGCCAGGUGACGGCAGGUCGGUCACCAAAGGGCCUGGUAGGACAGAAAGCAGACGUGCAGCCCCUGCUGGAUACGGGAGGCGCUGAGGGGGAAAGGGAGGUUGGAGGGGAGAGUACGGCUCGUAGAGGACCUGGGAGGGGAGGGGGGAGGUGGUACGGAGUGGGACCAAAGGUGGUAAAAGACAGUGCAUGGAGGUACUGGGGGCAGGGAGACAGGGGACUGGAGGGAGAAAAGCCUGCUGGAGGCCCUGGUGGGGAAGUGGGGGGAAGGGGCGGUAAUGGUGGUGGACAAAAGGGAAGGGUGUGGUGCAGUGUGUCGGAAUAG